AUGUCGCGUUACUGUUGGUUGUUGUGUCUCGCGUUGUCUCUUGUCGUCGUUUUUGGUGAGAAGGAUGAAAAGAAGGACUAUGGUACUGUCGUUGGGAUAGAUUUGGGGACAACUUACUCCUGUGUUGGCGUUUUUCGCAACGGCCGUGUUGAAGUGAUUCCUAAUGACCAAGGAAACCGGAUUACACCAUCUUAUGUUGCGUUCACGGAGUCUGGCGAUCGCUUGGUUGGGGAUGCUGCGAAAAAUCAGCUUACAACCAAUCCGGAGAACACUGUAUUCGAUGUGAAACGGUUGAUCGGGCGUACUUUCGAUGAUUCUUCAGUUCAGAAGGACAUUGCACAUUAUCCCUUCAAAGUCAUUGACAGGAACAACCGGCCAUAUGUGUCAGUAAAGGUGGGAAGUGAAACAAAAACGUUCGCUCCGGAAGAAAUUUCUGCAAUGGUAUUGGGCAAGAUGAAAGAAAGUGCUGAGGCUUUCUUAGGAAAACCUGUAACACAUGCGGUUGUCACUGUUCCAGCCUACUUCAACGACGCUCAGCGUCAAGCCACCAAGGAUGCUGGUGUUAUUGCCGGCCUCACUGUUCUACGCAUCAUCAACGAACCGACCGCUGCCGCCAUCGCGUACGGUCUAGACAAGAAAGGUGGUGAAAAGAACAUUUUGGUUUACGAUUUGGGUGGUGGUACUUUUGACGUGUCCCUUUUGACCAUUGAGGAUAGCGUUUUCGAAGUUAUCGCCACAAGUGGUGAUACGCACCUCGGUGGUGAAGACUUUGACAAUCGAGUGGUCACACACUUCCUCAAACUGCACAAAAAGAAAAAGGGUAAAGACCUAAGCACAGACAAGCGCGCUGUUCAAAAACUCCGUCGGGAGGCAGAGAAAGCCAAACGUGGUCUCAGCACGGCUCAUUCUGUGCGUGUUGAAAUAGAAUCUUUCGAUGAUGGAGAACCGUUUAUGGAAACGUUGACACGUGCACGCUUUGAAGAAUUGAAUAUGGAUCUCUUCAAAAGUACUUUAAAACCAAUUGAACAGGUCCUCAAGGACUCCGGAUUGGGUAAAGAUGACGUCCACGAGGUUGUUUUGGUCGGAGGUUCAACGCGUAUACCGAAAAUUCAACAACUCAUCAAGGAAUUCUUCAACGACAAAGAACCGAGUCGUGGUAUCAACCCCGAUGAGGCUGUCGCUAACGGUGCUGCGGUACAGGCCGGUGUUAUCAGUGGUGUUGAGAACACCGAUGGAAUCGUUUUGUUGGAUGUAAGUCCAUUGACACUUGGAAUUGAAACAGUUGGAGGUGUCAUGACCAAGCUCAUCCCUCGCAACACUGUUGUACCCACUAAAAAAUCGCAGAUAUUCUCGACGGCAGCUGACAAUCAACCAACCGUAACAAUCCAGGUUUAUGAAGGUGAACGCUCCAUGACCAAGGAUAACAACUUGCUUGGCAAAUUCGACUUGACUGGUAUUCCUCCAGCUCCUCGUGGUGUGCCCCAAAUUGAAGUCACUUUUGAAAUAGAUGUCAACGGUAUUUUGACAGUCACCGCAGAAGAUAAAGGAACCGGCAGAAAGAAUAACAUCAACAUUGUUAGAGACAACAAUCGUUUAUCAAAAGAAGACAUUGAAAAGAUGGUGAAUGACGCGAAGCUGUAUGCUGAAGAAGAUAAGAAACUCGCUGCUCGAGCAGAAGCCAAGAAUGGACUUGAAGGUUUCGCUUACUCACUUAAGGCUCAGUUGAAUGAUAAGGAUAAACUCAAGGACAAGCUGAGCAGUGAAGAUCACAGUACUAUUGAGAAGGCUGCUGAUGAGGCAAUCCAGUGGUUAGAGAAAAAUUCACAGGCAGAUACCGAUGAGCUGAAUGCCCAAAAGAAAAAGUUGGAAGGUAUUGUGCAGCCGAUUAUAUCGAAACUGUACAAACAAGAUGGCGGAGCUCCACCACCAGAGGCUGGAAAGGAUGAACUGUAG